UUCGGUAGAUAUGGAUCUAAUAGCAAAAUAUCUCAAAGAGGAUUAUUUGACUUGCCCAAUAUGCUAUGAGGUGUUUAAGGAACCAAAAGCUUUAUCAUGUCUUCACAAUUUUUGUGAAGCUUGUUUAGAAACCUUAUUAGAUAAAUCUUCAGAGAAUAAAGAAUUGAACUGUCCAAUUUGUCGAGAAAACACGCCUUUGACGGAGCAAAAGGUCUCAGGUUUGAAAACAAAUUUCAUAUUCAAGGAUAUAAUCCAAAAACUAUCCGGCUGCACAGAAUCGUCUUCCAGAAGAUUGUGUUCCUUUUGCAUUCUCGGAUGUAAAGAGGUAGAAGCUACUCACAAAUGUUUAACAUGUAUGGACUUGCUCUGUAAGUUUUGUACAAACAAAAGGCACACAUUUACAAGACAAACGGCAGAACAUAAAGUCGUUCCUCUCAAUGACUAUUUUGCAGGAAAGUACAAAGGCCAUAAAAAUACAGACACACCUUGUGAAGAGCAUCGAGAAAAACUGCGAUUUUAUUGUCAGGAGUGUUCACUUCCUAUUUGUGGAGAGUGCGCGCUUGGAAAACAUAGAUUUCAUGAGUACGUUUCAUUGUCCGAGGCUAAAGAUAUUUUCUUAAAGGAUAUCGACGGAGUUCUGCAGAGUUCUAAAUCGAAAAUAGAAACGACGAAAGAGAUACAAAAAAAAUUGGUUUCCAAAUGUGAUAAACUAAAUGUUCACGGAUGUUCUUUGAGGAAAAUGAUAAAUCAAGCUUAUGAAGAAACAGUGCGCAAGUUAGACUUAAAUCGUAAGAUAGUUGAAGAAGAAAUCAGAAAAUACAUACAUCAGGAAAGGGAAACCAUUGAAAGUCUCUUGCAAGAGAACUUAAGGUGCGAAGAAGGCCUUACACAAGCAAUUUCAUUCUGUGAAAAUACGAUUUCAAAUGGAAGUGACUUAGAGGUUGUCCUCUUUCGAGAGGAAAUGAAAUCACAUUUACAGAAGUAUCAAAACCUCCAGGAAAAGGGUUCCCUACAAAGUGUACCUCAUCAGAGUUUGAAAAUCAAAGUUCAGGAAGAAAUUAACGUUUUCGAGUUGGAAAGAACCUUUGUCGACAAAGAAACACUAGACAACGAAUAUGACAUACCCAUUGAUAGCAUUGGAUUGGCGACCUCGAUCAAAAGCAAAACAGAGUACAAGAUCGAUGAGGAUAAGUGGGAGGCAAAAGAUACCGAAAGGAAUAAAACUGAAACAUCUUAUUUUUCAAUACCAGUUCAAAUGCCUAAAUUUUUGAAAACUUACAAUCUAUCUAAAGUAAAAAACUUUAGGGCCAAGAUUUACACGUGUGUUGUAUGGAUUGACGAAAUUUCAUUUGUACUUGUAGACGAAAACAACCAUGAAGUGGUCAUUGUUAAAACUGAAGGAGAAAAAGUAGAAUUUAAACGUCACAAAGUAAAAAAUCUAGUUACUGUUGCAAAGUUCGAUAGGUAUCUGGCCUGUAAAACUCAGUACGGGGAUGUUAUUAUUUACUCUUACCCUGAUAUGAAGUUUGAAAGAAAGUUUAACAGAGCCUAUGCUGUCGCGUCUUCGUCAUCGGAGUUAAUAUGGGUGACAAAAGAAAAGAUUAUGAUAUUUAAGACUGAUUCUCUUAUAGAAAAGAAAGUAUUAGAUGAGGAAGGGAAACCAUUCAACUUUCUGAGACCAUUCCACGCGUGUUACCUGCCCAAUAAGUCGUUAGCCGUCAUAGAUAGAAAUGAGGAAUGUCUGUUCUUCCUUGAUAGUAAUUGUCAAAUAUUCAAUAGGUAUGCCUGCGCUGGAAUUUGUGGGCUUUGUUGUGACGACCAAAAUUGUGUAUACACAACCUGCUUUGGUGGAAAACAUAUUUCUGUCAUGAAUAAAGAUGGGAAACUUUUAAGAAGAAUUUCGCUCGAAUGUAUUCUUUGGAAACCCAGAUGUUUAUCUGUUCUGAAUGAGAACCGUGUACUUGUUACUAACAAAGAUACAGUUGUUCUUAUUUCUCUUGAACAGUCCAUUAACGUUGUUAAGGCAACAAAUUAAAUUACUAAAUGUACGUUUGUUGAACAAAUUUAACAAUAAUGAAGAAU